AUGUCCUUCCGACGUCCAUUCACCUUCUCAUCCAACUCCAACUCACCUCAACCUCAAAGAUCACCAUAUGGAACAGAUGAAGAUUAUGUUGAUUCUUCCCUAACUUCAACAACACCAUCAAGAACUAUGUUACAUGCUUUAGCCGAUGAUACAAUACAUUCCACCAGACAUGUUCCAAGUGGAUAUAAUACCGGUAUAGACGAAUCGUCACGUUUUGAGGAGAUACCUGGAAGUUGGAAUGUAAAGCUAGAAGAAAGUAAUGAAAUGAGUAGGGAUGAUAGGGAUGAUACUCCCUUACGUGUAUAUACCGAAGUGGAUGAUGAUGAAAGAUUAGGUAGAGAAGAUACACCUUUGAGGACUUAUACAGAAGUGGAAGAAGAAGAGAGCAGAAACUCGGAAGGUCGAUCAGGAGAACGUUCAGGUUCAAGAAGAAGGAUGGAAGGAAGAACAGAAGAGACUCAUUCUGAUUACGAGGGAAGAAGGGAGGGGAGAAAUGAGGAUGAGGAAGAAGAAGAUGAUAGACAAUGUAGGAUAUGUUUAGCUGGUGUGGAAGAGGAAGAAACUAUGGGAAGACUUAUAAGUCCUUGUUUAUGUAGUGGGAGUAUGCGGUAUGUACAUGUCAAUUGUAUAAACGCAUGGCGAGGGACUGGAACGAAUGCAAAAGCUUUUUUAGAAUGUCCUCAGUGUCAUCAUCAAUAUCGACUUCGAAGAACCCUAGUCUCUGGUCUCGCAACAUCUCGUCCUAUCCUCCUUUUCCUCUCCAUAUUCCUCUUCUUCCUCCUUUCCCUCCUCAUAGGUCAAUUCGUCCUCUUUCUCACCGCUUCACCUCUCCGUAACAUUCUCUCCUCCCGAUCUCCAUUCCGAACAUUCAACGAUUACAUGUGGUCUGACGAUUUGGACGAUUCUCCCGUCGUAGUCGUAUCCGGUGGUGGUGCAUUAGUAUACGACAUUUUCACCGGUGCUAUCUCCACAUUUUCCUCUGUCGCUAAUUCCAUUGCUAAGUCACACACCUCCAUCCCUACUCCAUUAGCUUCGUUCGGUUUCGCUCUCAUCGCUAGGUUCUUACUCGGAUUAGCGGUAUUAGGAAGUAUCUCUUUUCUCUCACUCAUGCUUUCUCUCAGUCUAUUCGGACCUAUGCAACUUGCCAAUGGAGUCAGGGGUACAGGUUUAUUCGGUUCUUUACGACGUAGAGGUAAUAGAGGUGGAAGAGAUUUAGGAGAGAUAACGAUCGUGUUUUUCGUUCUUAUUGGAGCGAUAAAUACCCUUCGUCAGACUUAUGGUGUGGUUCAGAGAUUGACCCGGGUCUUGUUGAGAUAUGUCGAGACACAGAUUUUAGAAGUCAACUCGGGGGAUGUGAGAAGAGCUAGGGAAAGACAGAGAGGUGAAGAAUGGUGGAAGGUUUGGUGGAGGGAGAAGAGAUGGAUGAGUUUUAGAGGAUGGGGAGAAGUUGGAUUGAGAGCUAGGGUUGAGAUGCAGGAAAGAGCUAGGGAGUUGAUGAGAGGUAGACAGGAAGAUCAUGAGGAGUAG